GUCUCCAUACUUGCCUCCUCUCUGCUCUGUGUAAACACAUCCUGCAGUUCAGCCAAAAAAAAAAAAAAGUGAAUUUUUGUCACAUGAUUUUUUGGUCACAGCUGGGUCAGUGAGUUGGGAAUCACAGCAGUGCCAAAAGAUAAAUCUAUGAAAAACAAAAAAUAAAGAAUAUAGAAUAACAACUGAAUAAAUCUGUUUAAAAAGAAGGAAAUAAAUGUGUAAAUAUAAAGAGGACUGAAUAACAGAAUAAAUAAAAAGAAAUCUUUUAAAAAAUGGAAAUAAAUGUGUACAUAGAGGAAUAAAUAAAAAAUCUAUUGAAAAAUAUGGAAACAUGAUGGUAAAUUUUGUCUUUGCUUUUUCUGUUCUUUGUUUUUUCCAGUAUAGGCUACUCACCCUGGACAGAAAGCCCAAAGUCAUUUACUUGAUAGCCCAGUCCAUCAAGUAAAAGCAAAGGCAAAAAGGAUAAAAAGGGAAAAGCAAACACAAAAUUAAUCUCUAUAUUUCCAUAUCUUUAUUAAGAUUUCUUUCUCUUUAUAUGUACACAUUUAUUUCCUUGUUUUAACAGACUUACUUUUUUAUUUAUUCUUUUAUUUGUUGCUCUUUAUAUUUGCACAUUUAUCUCCUUUUUAAAAAAAAACAGAUUUAUCUUUUAUUAUGGCACUCCUGGGGUUCCAUAUUUGAAGGCCUCUCGGUUGUGUGAAGGAGCGCUGAAUAUUUAGGUUUUUACAGAAUCCUGUUAGCGUGCAAGGAUAAUGUUUGGCACAUUUUUAUGAGGCCUGUUGGGGAAAAAAAGUGAUUCUGAUGAAAUGCCCAAAUUUUAAACUUAAACAUUUUAAACUAAACUACACUUUCUCAUAAAACUGCACAUCCAACAUUAUUCAUUAUAGAUUAUGUUUGAUUUAAGGAGCGCAUGAACGGAAAUAUUAUUUAUCUGUCUUGGGUUCUGAAGUGAAAAAUGUAUUUUGGCAGUCAUGUUUCAGCCAACAUGUGGGACGUUUAUUAGGAAGGAGUGAUGAUGAGGAGGUGAAGAGGAAGAAGGAGUUUGUAGUUCCAGCUGUCACCACAAGAUGGCGGACUUGUUUCUGCUUUUUAAUCUUCCUACUUUCGUUUAAAUCCAAUUUCAUCUGACGUCCCUGAUCAACUAAUUUCCCAGUCCUGCGGUGUGCAUCGAGGCUUCGGCUGGAUCGACCAGAGUAUUGAUUGACUGAUCAUCAGCCAGCCUCCUGUCAGGCUGUGGUUUAUUGCUUACGCUUCCGGAUGAGUGAACGGAUGAGAUGAGGUGAUGAAUUAAAGAUGAAUAUAAAUAAGUGAUGCUGGUGUGUGUGUGUGUGUGUGGGGGGGGGGGGGGGAGGGCACGUGACCCGAGCCACUCCGCGAGACGUCACUUCAUUCAGAAGCAGCACGAGGACGGAGACGGACGAUGCGCGAGACCACGUGACUCAGAGGAAAAGAACAAGAACAAGAGGAAGAAGGAGAAGAGAGAGAAGGCGAAGUGGUUAAAUAAAGAUAAACUGGCCUUGAAUCUGAUUGGCUGCCUCUCCCUGUGGACGUCAUGCUGCCGGUGACUGAAGCAGCUUCCCAGAGAAACAACCUGAGUUUCAAUGUUUGUGAGCCGCGAUACGAGGAUGGCCGCCUGCCUCUGACGCUGCUGUACAGCACCGUGUUUGUCGUCGGUGUGCCCACCAACCUGCUGACAGUCUUCCUCACCUGGCUGCAGGUGCGCAGGAAGAAUGUUCUGGGCGUUUACCUUUUUGCCCUGUCGUUGUGUGACGUCACCUACCUGGGCACGCUGCCUGUGUGGGCAGACUAUGUCAGCCGAGGACACCGCUGGCAGUGGACGUCAGCCGCCUGCAAGCUGACGGGUUACAUCUUCUUCAACAACAUGUACAUCAGCAUCUUCCUGCUCUGCUGCAUCUCCUGCGACCGCUACAUUGCUGUCGUCCGCAGCCUGGAGUCCCGCGGCCUGCGGCGGAGAUGCCACGCCAUCCUCAUCACCCUCUCCAUCGUCCUGGUGGUGGCCCUGGGUCACAUCCCCGUCUUCAUCAUGAAGGAGGGCGAUACCACCAAAGGAUCGCAGCGCUGCUUCGAGCCGAGUCACAGCAGCGCCACGGUGGCAGGCUUCAACUACGCCCGCUUCAUCGUCGGCUUCUUCAUCCCGCUGCUGCUGCUGGUGGUGACAAACCGUGGCAUCCUGGUCAACGUGCAGCGCAGCACGGGGCUGCGGCAGGAGCAGAAGCAGCGUGUCCGUCGGCUAGCGGUGGCCGUGGUAGUCCUGUUCCUGGUCUGCUUCGCCCCCUACCACAUCAUCCUCCUGACCCGGGCGGUCAUCUUCCACUUCCCCCAGCUGGAGAACGGCACCUGUCUGUUCGAGAAUACCAUGUACACCCCCUACACCAUCUCCCUCGGCCUGUCCACCGUCAACAGCGCCGUCAACCCCAUCCUCUACGUCCUGUCCAGCGACAACAUACGCAAGGAGCUGAGCCGAGGACUCGCGCAGUUCUGCGGCCGAGCGCUGCACCGAUCCAGCAGCAGCCAGAACAAGAUCCAGCCCUCCAACAACUCCUUAGUGCUGCAAGUCGGGACUGAAACUGAGAGACAGGCAGCAGGAACGCCACCAGAGACCUGAUGGACCGGCCUCUAUACAACCCAAACAAACACUGUCCAGACGACGGUGUCUGAAGUACGCCGGCCCUUCGGGGUCACCCAACACAUGGACUCUGCUGGUCUCUCCUGCAGCAAACAUCAUGGAGUCACGUGAAGGGUUCAUCCUCUGAAGAGCAUGAUCCUAGUAGGACCAGAAGGUGGUGAGAAGUCUGUUCAUGGACCACAAUGAUGGACGGAUCUAUGCACACAUCAAAUAACAGGACAAAAUGUGUCUGAGACUCUUAAAGGAACUGAAAUGCUGUUUUCAGAAGCAAAUUUUUCCAACUGUUUUUAACUAAAAUCACUGUGAAAAUAUUCUUUGUUGUUCAGUGUAAUUAUAUUGACGAUUAAAAUGGUCAGAAAAAG